AUGAGAGAUGCGGAAGCAAUAGCUUUUGUCAAGCUAGUAUCAGCCGACGGUCAUGAGUUUUUAAUGGCCCGGACCGUGGCCAUUGCAUCAAGCAAAACUAUUCGGCUCAUGCUAGAGGGGUCUUUCCGAGAAGCGCAAGACAACGUCAUUCGGUUCCCAGAUAUAGCGGGAUAUGUCUUAGAAAGGGUGGUGAAAUAUCUACAUUACAAAACCCAGCACAGUACAUCUACAUCUCGGAUUCCGGAGUUUGCCAUUGAGCCGGAAGUGGCGCUGGAGCUUUUAAUUGCAGCCAAGUAUCUGGAUUGUUGA